AAAGGCCUGACUGACGCUUAUAAAGGCUGUGGAAGUCUGGUUAGGCUGAGGGAUGUGUGUGGUGUACGGUUGGGACAACUAACCACGGUGCAGAGCGGAGAGUCUGAAGUCUUUGUUGAACCUCGAGGGAUUCGAGCAUCGCGGUAUCCGAUUGUGUCAGUCUGCAGAGCUCCGGUGAGUACGGUGCAACCGGACCAAUAUCCGCGUUAGUCCAUUACUCUUUCAGUCGAUGUCUUUGUCCCCGCUUCAUUCAGUCAGACCAAAAAUGAGUGACGCCGAGAUGGAAAUUUUCGGGGUGGCGGCGCCGUACCUCCGAAAAUCGGAGCGGGAGAGGAUCGCAGCCCAGAACGCGGUGUUCGACGCCAAGACGGCUGUUUUUGUGCCGGACCCGAAGCAGGAGUACGUCAAGGGAAAGAUCAGAAGCCAGGACGGCUCCAAUGUCACCGUGGAGACGCAGGACGGAAAGGUCGUCACAGUGGACCUGGACGACGUUCGGCCCAUGAACCCCCCUAAGUUUGACAAGCUGGAGGACAUGGCCCUGCUGACUCACCUCCACGAACCCGCUGUGCUGUUCAACCUCAAGGAGCGCUACGCCGCCUGGAUGAUCUAUACCUACUCUGGACUCUUCUGUGUGACUGUGAACCCCUACAAGUGGCUCCCGGUCUACAACCCGGAGGUGGUGGCCGGGUACCGGGGGAAGAAACGCCAGGAGGCCCCCCCGCACAUCUUCUCCAUCUCUGACAACGCUUAUCAGUACAUGCUCACAGAUCGAGAGAACCAAAGUAUCCUGAUCACUGGAGAAUCUGGUGCCGGGAAGACGGUCAACACGAAACGCGUCAUCCAGUAUUUUGCAACAAUUGCAUCAUUCGGAGACUCGAGCAAGAAAGAGCAAGUUGCCGGCAAAAUGCAGGGGACUCUGGAGGAUCAAAUCAUCCAGGCGAACCCUCUGCUCGAAGCUUUCGGGAACGCCAAGACUGUGAGGAACGACAACUCCUCUCGAUUUGGAAAGUUCAUCCGCAUCCACUUUGGAACAAAGGGGAAAUUGGCAUCGGCAGACAUUGAAACUUACCUUUUGGAAAAAUCCAGGGUGACGUUUCAGCUGCCGGCCGAGAGGAGCUACCACAUCUUCUAUCAGAUCAUGUCAAACAAGAAGCCUGAUUUAAUCGAGAUGAUGCUGAUAACCAACAAUCCGUACGACUACCCGUUCAUCAGCCAGGGAGAGAUCACUGUGCUGAGCAUCGACGACACCGAGGAGCUGAUGGCCACAGAUAGCGCCAUCGACAUCCUGGGCUUCAACGCGGAGGAGAAGUUGGGCAUCUACAAGCUGACCGGCGCCGUGAUGCACAACGGCAACAUGAAGUUCAAGCAGAAGCAGCGAGAGGAGCAGGCGGAGCCCGACGGCACCGAGGUGGCGGACAAGGUCGCCUACCUCAUGGGCCUGAACUCUGCCGAUUUGCUGAAAGCGCUGUGUUACCCUCGAGUCAAGGUCGGCAACGAGUACGUCACCAAAGGGCAGACGCCGCAGCAGGUGAACAACGCCAUGGGCGCUCUGUCCAAGGCCGUGUACGAGAAGCUGUUCCUGUGGAUGGUGACGAGGAUCAACCAGCAGCUGGACACCAAACUGCCGAGGCAGCAUUUCAUCGGCGUGCUGGAUAUCGCCGGGUUCGAGAUAUUCGAGAUGAACAGUCUGGAGCAGCUGUGCAUCAACUUCACGAACGAGAAGCUGCAGCAGUUCUUCAACCACCACAUGUUCGUGCUGGAGCAGGAGGAGUACAAGAAGGAAGGGAUCGCGUGGGAGUUCAUCGACUUCGGCAUGGACCUGGCCGCCUGCAUCGAGCUCAUCGAGAAGCCGAUGGGGAUCUUCUCCAUCCUCGAGGAGGAGUGCAUGUUCCCGAAGGCGACGGACGCCUCCUUCAAGAACAAGCUGUACGACCAGCACCUGGGGAAGAGCGGCAUCCUGCAGAAGCCCAAGCCGUCCAAAGGGAAGGCGGAGGCCCACUUCUCGCUGAUGCACUACGCCGGCACCGUCGACUACAACAUCAGCGGCUGGCUGGAGAAGAACAAAGACCCGCUCAGCGACAAUGUGGUGCAGCUGUAUCAAAAGGCUUCGCUCAAACUUCUCUCUCAGCUCUUUGCCACCUACGCGACCGCUGACGAUGGAAGUAAGAAAAGUUACAAGAGAAAGGGCUCUUCUUUCCAGACGGUCUCUGCUCUCUUCAGGGAGAAUCUGAACAAGCUGAUGGCCAACCUCCGGUCCACGCACCCGCACUUUGUACGCUGCAUCAUCCCAAAUGAGACCAAGACACCAGGGUCGAUGGAUCACCAUCUGGUCCUGCACCAGCUGCGGUGUAACGGCGUGCUGGAGGGCAUCAGGAUCUGCCGGAAGGGAUUCCCCAGCAGGAUCCUCUACGGAGACUUCCGCCAGAGGUACAGGAUCCUGAACGCCAGCGCCAUCCCCGAGGGGCAGUUCAUCGACAGCAAGAAGGCUUCGGAGAAACUGCUCUCGUCCAUCGACGUGGACCACGGCCAGUACAGAUUUGGAUACACAAAGGUGUUUUUCAAAGCCGGCCUUCUGGGCCUCCUGGAGGAGAUGAGGGACGAGCGACUGGCCGUGCUGAUGACGCGAAUCCAGGCUGCGGCCCGAGGUUACGUCACCAGGCUGCGGCUCAAGGAGAUGUCGAAGAAAAGAGAGUCCAUCUUCGUCGUCCAGUACAACAUCCGCUCCUUCAUGAACGUGAAGAACUGGCCCUGGAUGAGGCUCUUCUUCAAGAUAAAGCCUCUGCUGCGGAGUGCCGAGGCGGAGAAGGAGAUGCAGAACAUGAAGGAGGCGUUCGCGCGACUCAAAGAGGAGCUCGCCAAGUCGGAGGCCCGGAGGAAGGAGCUGGAGGAGAAGACGGUCGCACUCGUCCAGGAGAAAAACGACCUUCACCUUCAAAUCCAAGCGGAGAGGGAGAACCUGUGCGACGCCGAGGAGCGGUGUGAGGGCCUGAUCAAGAGCAAGAUCCACCUGGAGGCCAAGGUCAAGGAGUUCUCCGAGAGGAUGGAGGAGGAGGAGGAGAUCAACGCCGAGAUCACGGCCAAGAAGAGGAAGCUGGAGGACGAGUGCUCGGAGCUGAAGAGAGACAUCGACGACCUGGAGCUCACCAUCGGCAAAGUGGAGAAGGAGAAGUACGCCACGGAAAACAAGGUGAAGAAUCUGGUGGAGGAGCUGACGUCGCUGGAGGAGAAGCUGCUGAAGUCCUCGAAGGAGAUGAGAGCUCUGCAGGAGGCGCACCAGCAGACGCUGGACGACCUGCAGGCCGAGGAGGACAAGGCCAACACCCUGGUGAAGACGAAGCUCAAGUUGGAGCAGCAGGUUGACGACCUGGAGGGCUCCCUGGAGCAGGAGAAGAAGGCGCGCGCCGACCUGGAGAGGUCCCGGAGGAAAGUGGAGGGCGAUCUGAAGCUGGCGCAGGAAACCGUCAUGGACCUGGAGAACGAGCGACAGCAGACGGAGGAAGGGCUGAAAAAAAAAGACUUUGAAAUCAGCAGCCUGCAGUGCAAAAUUGACGACGAGCAAGCUCUGAGCACUCAGCUACAGAAGAGGAUUAAAGAGCUUCAGGCCCGCGGCGAGGAGCUGGAGGAGGAAAUGGAGGCCGAGCGCUCGGCUCGGGCCAAGGCGGAGAAGCAGCGGUCGGACGUGUCCAGGGAGCUGGAGGAGAUCAGCGAGCGGCUGGAGGAGGCCGGGGGAGCCACCGCCGCCCAGGCCGAGCUGAACAAGAAGCGCGAGGCCGAGUUCCACAGGCUGCGUCGCGACCUGGAGGAGUCCACGCUGCAGCACGAGUCGGUCGCCGCCACGCUGCGCCGGAAGCAGGCCGACAGCGUGGCCGAGCUCGGCGAGCAGCUGGACAACCUGCAGAGGGUGAAGCAGAAGCUGGAGAAGGAGAAGAGCGAGCUGAGGAUGGAGAUCGACGACAUGGCGAGCAGCGUGGAGAGCGUGCUGAAGAGCAAGGCCAAUCUGGAGAAACUGUGCAGGAGCCACGAAGACCAAAUGAGCGAACACAGGACCAGAGCGGACGACGCCCAGAGAUCUCUGAGCGACCACACCGCACUCAGCGCUCGCCUGCAAACGGAAAACGGCGAGCUCACUCGUCUGCUGGAGGAGAAAGAGGCGACGCUGUCGCAGCUGAGCAGAGCGAGAACCGCCGGGAGUCAACAGAUCGAGGAGCUGAAGAGACUUUUGGACGACGAGAUGAAGACCAAGAACGCCCUGGCUCACAGUUUGCACUCGUCCCGUCACGACUGCGAGCUGCUGAGGGAGCAGUACGAGGAGGAGCAGGAGGCGAAGGCCGAGCUGCAGCGCUACCUGUCCAAGGCCAACGGCGACGUGGCGCAGUGGAGAACCAAGUACGAGACGGACGCCAUCCAACGCACCGAGGAGCUGGAGGAGGCGAAGAAGAGGUUGGCCCAGCGGCUGCAGGAGUCUGAGGAGAUGACAGAAGCAGCAAAUGUCAAAUGUGCGUCGCUGGAGAAAACCAAGCAGCGGCUGCAGGCCGAGGUGGAGGAUCUGAUGGUGGAGGUGGAGAGGUCGAACGCGGCCAACGCCUCCUUGGACAAGAAACAGAGGAACUUUGACAAGGUUCUUGCUGAGUGGAAACAGAAAAAUGAGGAGAGUCAGUCGGAUCUGGAAGCUUCCCAGCGAGAGUCCAGACUUCUGAGUACAGAACUCUUCAAGCUGAAAAACUCGUACGAGGAAGCUCUGGAUCACCUGGAGACCAUUAAAAGAGAGAACAAGAAUCUCCAACAGGAGAUCACGGAUCUCACGGAGCAAGUCGGACAAUCUGCCAAAGUUGUCCACGAGCUGGAGAAGGUCGCGAAGCAAGCGGAGCAGGAGAAGAGAGACACGCAGGCUGCUCUCGAGGAAGUGGAGUCGUCUCUGGAACACGAGGAGGCCAAGAUCCUCCACCUCCAGCUGGAGCUGAACCAGGUGAAGUCGGAGGUGGACCGCAGGGCGGCGGAGAAGGACGAGGAGAUGGACCAGCUGAAGCGGACCCACCAGAGGACCGUGGACACGCUGCAGGGCACGCUGGACGCCGAGGCGCGCAGCAGGAACGACGCCGUCCGAGUGAAGAAGAAGAUGGAGGCGGAUCUGAACGAGCUGGAGAUGCAGCUGGGUCACGCCAACCGGCAGGCGGCCGAGGCCACCAAGCAGCAGAGGAACCUGCAGACGCAGCUGAAGGACGCGCAGGUCCACCUGGACGAAGCGCUCCACAGUCUGGAGGAGUCCAAGGAGCAACUCGCCAUCGUGGAGCGCCGCAACCACCUGGUGACGGCGGAGAGCGAGGAGAUCAGGGCGGCGCUGGAGCAGUCGGAGAGGGGUCGCAAGCUGGCCGAGCAGGAGCUGAUGGAGACCAGCGAGAGGAUUCAGCUGCUGCACUCGCAGAACACCGGCCUCCUGAACACCAAGAAGAAGAUGGAGUGUGACGUAGCUCAGCUGCAGUCCGAGGUGGAGGACACCGUCCAGGAGGCGAGGAACGCCGACGAGAAGGCCAAAAAGGCCAUCACGGACGCGGCCGUGAUGGCCGAGGAGCUGAAGAAGGAGCAGGACACCAGCGCUCACCUGGAGAGGAUGAAGAAGAACACGGAGGCCACUGUGAAAGACCUGCAGCAGCGUCUGGACGAGGCCGAGCAGCUGGCGCUGAAGGGCGGCAAGAAGGAGCUGCACAAACUGGAAACCAGGGUCCGUGAGCUGGAAAAUGAGUUGGAGGCCGAACAGAAACGCGGCGGCGAAGCCACGAAAGGUUUGAGGAAAUAUGAGAGAAAAAUCAAAGAGCUCACUUUUCAGGCUGAGGAGGAGAAGAAGAACGUGGCCCGGCUCCAGGAUCUGGUCAACAAGCUGCAGCUGAAAGUGAAGGCGUACAAGAGGCAGAGUGAGGAGGCGGAGGAACAAACCAGCGUCCACUUGCUGAAAGUCCGGAAGGUGCAGCAUGAGCUGGAGGAGGCCGAGGAGCGAGCCGACAUCGCCGAAUCGCAGCUGAAUAAGUUACGAGCCAAGAGCCGCGACGUGGGUAAAGGAGAGUAGUGACGUCAGUUACAUCUCCACCCGGGAGACGUUGAGAUCGUUGAAUCAAAAAGCGACAUUUAUCAGAGGAAAAGUUAGAAAUGCAUGGACAGCGUCAGGGAUUUUAAAAUGUAUUAUUAAGUCACGCGUAACUAAAGACGUCAGAUUAACUGUAGUGGAGUACAAGUACAAUACUUCUCCCUUGAAAGACAAAAAGAAAGAAAAUUGAUUAAGGAAGUUUGUGAAGAUUGUGCUCAAGUAUGUCGGUCACUUUUUACUGAGUUUGAUAAUUAAAAAAAGAAGACCACAGACACUAAAACAAAAGAUUCAAACUAAAGUUGAUGUGGUGACAUUCACAUGCAGCAGCCACACUGAUCUGAUGACGACGCAUCUCACAAGUUCAACUGUAAAAACUAAAGUCGCUCAGAUUUACAGCUGAAAACCAAAGAAGGGGAAUUAAACAAAAAACACAGGACUAACAUUUGAAGAGUUGAGGACCCCCCCCCACCCCCCCAACCCCCCAGCAGCAGCUGGUACGUUGAUGACAUUUGUUCAAAUCCCCCGUGAAGCACGGUUAGAGUUACCACAUGUGACUUUGAGCGCGAGAGGGCGGAUUAAGACGCGAGUGGCUGUGAGAGUGACGGCCGGGGGGAAGAGGUCGUCGCCGGGGGGGAGACGGAGGCCGACUCCGGGGGCCGACAGGUCGCUGUUGUUGUUUGGCAACUGGCGGAAAAAGAAAACCCCCCCAACCUCUGUUCACCAACUCGUCAGCACUGAGGAGACAUUCAACAGUUUUCUUUCCCUUAAUCUCGUCUACAACAGGAGCGGGAAAUCUCGCAAAUUUGCCAAAGAGGAACGUGACACGAGGCCAUUUCCGCUCGUAGACAUCGUAUUCUAAGCAUUGAUUUUUUUUGUCUGACGUCCCCCGAAACACGCACGCUGCCGCAUCGCAGGAGGAGACGAUGUGACGCAUUGUGGAGAUGACGAGCUGCUGUUCACACUUUGCUCCCCCGGACACGACGGGCGCCUCCAGUUACACACAGUCUUGUUUGCUCAUUCUAAAAGUGGUUCAAAGUGGACACCGUGUGUUUCCACUCGCUGGUGAUGUUAACGCCGCCGUAAGUACAGUGAGUGCACACGGGACACUUGUGAACGCUCCAAAUUAAUUAUAGCUUGACAGCAACGGCGACAACGGCCCCCCGAGUUCGAAGCCCAGCAGAGAUCCAGUAAAUGAACAAAUGUGCCUCGGUUUGUCCAUUUUGUCCAGAAAUAUAAUAAUAUCGAUAUCUCCCUCCAUACAAGUGCCCAAACAAUAAGGAUUCUUGCAAUUAUUAGGAAGUAAAAAAAAAUCUGAUACUGAUAUAUUGGCCUAUAUAUAUAUAUAUAUAUAUAUAUAUACAUAUAUACACAAGAUAUAUACAAUGUUGAUAUUAAACCUCUAUGGCAAAGAAAUUUGAUUGAUUUGCUUGUUUUUUAACCAUAAACUUUAUUAUAAAUAACUAUAAAUAAAAAUAGUGUGUAGAGUAUAUAAAACCUAAAUCAAGAACAAUUUACAAUGUAAACAUAAACGCACAUUGUUUAUUCUUUAAAUAAAAGUUUUCAUAUCUGCAAACAUAAAUGCCAAUACCGAUAUGUUUUAUAUAUAUAUAUAUAUAUCUUAUCAUUAUAUAUCACUCUCACUCUACUUUAUACAUAAUUGUUUCUUCACUGACCUGUUUAAUUCUAGGUGUUCCACAGGGCUCAACUCUUGGCCCAUUUCUGCUCUGUGCAUACAACCUCUAACAAAAUGUGAUUGCAAUGAUACAAUUGAGCAAGGAGCAAUUUUUUGCUAGUUAAAUAAUACAAUAGAUCGGAAGUGGUUUGAGCAGUUUCUAUAAAAAAAGGAUUGUCUGUUACAUUUAAGUUGAGCACUGUGUUAUUUGGGGAACAGCCAUCACUGCUUUUACUAGUGAUUAUUGGACGUUAGAAAUAUUUUCAAGACUAAAGAAUGGAAUAGAUGUGUCAGAUUUGAAAUAGUUUUCUUUGCUCUUGUGUUUUUCUGAAAGAAAAUAGAAAAUCUUUCUCAUUUUGUCUUGUCACUUGUUUGGUAUAAUACAGUGUAUUGAUAUAACAUUAUAGAGUUUGUGAUGAUUUGGGGCAAAUAAAAUGAUGUGACAACAACACUUCACAAUGAUGUCAUGUCUCUGAACGUUGUGCUUUACCUUGAUUAUUUAAGAAUUGAAUUACUACUUGUUCAUUCUGUUUUAAUCCUAGCAGGCUGGACUACUCUUGACUUGAUGUGCAUGUUGUUAAA